GCACAAACUUCAGUUGGAGCAUCUAUGGCUUCCCAAACACGCCUUCCAUUGGAUCUGGAGCGCGAGGUAUUCACGACAACUGCACUGAUACACCCAAGCACAAUUGCAAACCUACUUUUAGUCGCACGAAGAGUGUUUGAUUGGGUGGCACCAUUGGAAUAUGCAUUCCUGAGAUUAGAUCAUGAGUUGGCGCAUCAUCGUGCACGAGCCUUGAAAUCCGCCCUUCAAAAUUCAACCGACGCAUUCCCUCUUGCUAGCAUUCUUGCGUCCGGUGUUCGGCAUGUAGCUGUCGAGCUUGACCACUGGAAUCAAGCUGAAGGAGGUGAUACCUUGGACCCGGCGCGUCGAAUACUCAGCCUUUGCACACAAACCACGCAUCUUGCUGCUUUAGGCGAGCUCGUCUCGCCUGAGCUCCUGCCCACACUCCAGUCGAUGCAAAAUUUACGCGUUUUGGCUAUAUACCUCGAUCAUCUUUUCGGACACACCACUCACAUCAACCUCCUUCACCCCGCGGUGAAAAACAUCACCCACCUCGAUAUUUUCGAUCUUCUCGACGCUGAACUUGUGGGCAUAGUCUCCGCCCAGCUUCCUCUUUUACCAGCGCUGACGCAUCUCGCGUUCCGCCCGCCGGUAACGGGGGUGCCUUGGUCCAUGAUCUCGCAUCUCCUGCGCAAAUGUCAGCAGCUUAAAAUGCUCGUUCUCCUUGUGUGGCCAUCCCAAACCUUGUCACGAGAGGCCCCUGUUGGCGCACAAGAUUCCCGCUUCGUCAUGAUCAAGUACCGUCGAUGGGACGAGGCUGUUGGCGCUGAGGACCUCCCCACGUUUUGGAAACUUGGCGAGGAUCUCGUUCGCUUGAAACGGGCGGGAGAGAGGCCGCUGACGGAAUGUUGGGUUGAAAGAACGAUGCGGGGUUCCGUUUGGGGGAAGUUUUUACCUUGA